CAACACAAACGUAAAAGCCAACCAAACACGAUCUUACGAGUUUGCGGUGUACGAUGUAGAGACACAAACUCGCCUCAAACUUCAUGAACAUGACGGUAAUGGAAAACCACCAACAUCAACAACAAGAUAAUAAGGAACAGUUGAAAAAGUGUCAAAGGAAAAAAACCUCUCUUUGUUCUUCUCGUAUCAAUAAUCUCGAUGAUGGUUGUCUUAUGCACAUCUUCAGUUUCCUAUCCCCUAUUCCAGAUCGGUUUAACACCGCCCUCGUUUGCCACAGAUGGAAUUACUUGGCGUGUCAUCCUCGUCUCUGGCUUCGGGUAGAUCGAUCGGUUAAAGACUUAUCUGAGCCUGGUGUUUUCCCAAAUAUUGAAACGGCUGUUUCUGCUUCAAGGCCGGGUGAUACUAUUUUAAUAGCGGCUGGUGGAACUCAUCGCGUGGCGAACAUUCAGAUAAAUAAACCUCUAUGCUUGAUUGGUGCAGGUGAUAUUCCAGAUGACACGAUGAUCACUUGUUCGCGAGGCUCAGACAGUGCACUCGAGUUUCUCUCCACCUGCAAAUUAGCAAACUUAACCGUGAAGGCCGAGCUCGGUUGCUGCUUGCUUCAUCGAAGCGGAAGGCUGAUUAUAGACGGAUGCUUACUACAGUGCGAGUCCAAUCCUCUCGAUUUUCUCUCAUGUCCCAUCGUAAGUACUGCCUGUAGCAGCGAGGUACUUCCGUCACAAACCAAGUGCAACAACGGUGUAUUUGUUUCUCAAACUCGCAUUGAAGGAGGCGCGAAAGCCGUUUUGACUAGUGGAGAUUUGGCGCUGCAACGAGUCAGAGUGGUCUAUGCAAGAACUUCUCUUCUAUUCUGGUUUGAUGUAGAGCAGAUGUUAUCAAAUUGACCAUAACUGGUCCAUGUGUUGUUAUUUAAUUUAGUUUAGUGGAUUGAUGAUUGUUUUUCUGCUCUUGUUGUGUAUUAUUCUCAUUUGUAACAAUAAUUUAGUUUACUAUGAUGUUUAUGCUGUGUCGCGUCGUCUAACUUCGAUGUAAUAAAUUAGUUGUGUCCGAAAGGUUAUUCGGUAUGUUAGGUAAAAGGUUAAAUGUAUUGAGUUGCAUGGCCACACAGUUCUUGUUGUAAUGUUUGUGAAGAUUAUCCAGAUCAAAGAACCUAAUGUGUUCUUCUAGUA